CAUGUUAGUCGGUUUAUGCUCGUUCCGGGGCGGCCGCUUCCAGAAUUUUCUCGCCUACCAUUGGAGGGGACGAAAAGUCAGGCAGAGAAACGGCCGCCUCGUCCACUGCGCAUGCGCGUUCUGGAAUCUUCCUCCUCACGUGUGGGACGUGAACCGGCUCAGUGUGACCAUCCACGCUCAUCACGGAACCCGGCAGCCGCUCCACGAAGACUCUCAGCCCGCGAACACGUCCAGAGAAACAUGGCCUUCAGGAAAUUCCUGCCCUUGUUCGACCGGGUGCUGGUGGAGCGCCUCACUGCGGAGACUGUGACGAAGGGCGGCAUCAUGCUGCCGGAGAAGGCUCAAGGCAAAGUGCUGCAGGCCACCGUCAUGGCCGUCGGACCUGGAUCUGUCAACCAGAAAGGAGACAUUCAGGCCGUCAGUGUGAAGGUUGGAGAGAAAGUUCUCCUACCAGAGUACGGUGGGACUAAAAUCGUACUGGAAGACAAGGACUAUUUCCUGUUCCGUGAUGCAGACAUCCUCGGCAAAUACACAGAAUGAGUCUGUUUUGCAUCAAGUCCCUGUCAUCGCCCGGAGAGAAGAAAUUCAGUUGCCUCAUUUGUGUCUGUCUUUUCCCUUUUUUAUGUUAUUUCAAUUGUAAAUAAUUCUGAUCACAUUUUGUUACAAUAAUAAAGUUGAACUGUCGAUC